AUGACUCCUCCCAAGGUAAAACUUACUUAUGCCCUCGUGCUUCAUGCUCCCAAAGACCUUAGAUUAGAAUCUCGCCUAAACCCAGCCCCAAAACACGGCGAACUCCAAAUCGCGAUCCGGGCCACUGGUCUCUGCGGCUCAGACCUGCACUACUAUAACCAUGGGCGAAACGGCGACUUCAUCGUGCAAUCCCCACUCUGUCUCGGACACGAAUCAUCGGGAAUAAUCACAGCAAUUGGCCCCGAUGUUGCCGACACUUUCCACAUCGGCGACCGCGUCGCCCUCGAAGUCGGUCUGCCAUGCCACUCCUGUCCCCUCUGCCUGCAAGGCCGCUACAACAUCUGUCGCAACCUGCGGUUCAGGAGCUCAGCAAAGACCUUCCCCCACCUCGAUGGCACCCUGAUGGAACUCACUAACCAUCCCGCAAAGAUGUGCCAUAAGCUCCCCGCAACCCUCAACGAUGUGCAGGGUGCUCUGAUAGAGCCGCUUGCGGUGUGUUUGCAUGCGAUACGCCGUUCGAAGCCUCCUAGUGCGGAGCUGGUGGACCUCGCACGGUCAGGCGGCCAAGAGACCGGAGCGCUGAUCUUUGGGGCCGGGGCCAUUGGCAUCCUUCUCGCAUCUGCGCUGGCCGCGACGCAGCACUUCACCACCCUCAUCAUUGCAGAUAUCGACGAAGCGAGGCUGAACCUCGCUUCAUCCCUCCCCUUCCCACAGGGGAAGAUACAAACAUUUCUGCUCCCCAAAUCCUCUUCGGCUUCUGUUCUGCCGCCGGAAACGGAGACGGCCCAGCAGAUGCUUACUAGAUUCUCCAUUCCGCAUGGCUUCAGCCGCACCUAUGACUGCACUGGCGUGGCUAGCUGCAUUCGGACAGGUAUCCAUGCCACUGGGCCCGGUGGCGCGGUGGUGUUGAUUGGUAUGGGUGGGGAACCCCAGCCUAAUAUACCGCUGGCCGCAGCGGCAUUGCGCGAGGUGGAUCUCAUUGGUGUGUUUCGGUAUGAUGGGCGGGGAUACCCCGAUGCGGUGGAGUUGAUGGGUAGUGGAAAGCUUGAGGGUGUGGCGGAAAAGGUGGCGACCCAUCGGGUGCGGCUGGAGGACGGUGUUAGGGCGUUUGAGCUGGCGGGGAAAGGGGUGGAUGAGGAGGGGCGGGCGGUUGUUAAGGUUGUGGUUGUUUCGGGGGAAGAGGUCGGGAGGGGACCGUAA